AUGGGUAUCAUUGGGCUUUGGGACGUGAUAAAGAACGAGGAUCACAGCGUGCCAACCGCUCAGUUGGCCGAGGACCACUUCAAGCGUCAUGGCCGUCCCUUACGGAUUGCUGUUGAUGAGCCCGAUUGGAGGUUCAACAAUCUUACAUCACAGCAAGUAAAUAAGAUACGCGAGGGCAAGCCCUGGAAGCGUGGGAAGCGUGGACAAGGUACGAUCAACAAAGAAGAGCGAAGGUUACUCGAAGAGCUGUUGGACUACUUCCGUAUCCCACAUCACGAGGCUCCUGGCGAAGCUGAAGCGGAAUGUGCUCGUCUGCAACAGCUCGACGUAGUCGAUGCUGUUUGGUCACAGGAUUCGGAUACGCUCAUGUUUGGUUGUAACGUCUUAGUGCGUUACGAUCGUGUCUCGAAGGACAAACUCAACAACAACCGUUCCAAGGAGAACACGAAGAAGAGCGCGACGUCUGUAAGGGUCGUAUACGGACAUGACAUCCGAGAGAAGCAUAACUUUGAUCGCGAAGGAUUGGUGCUCUUCGUUAUGCUUUGCGGCGGAGACUACGACAAAGGACUACGAAACUGUGGCUCUGUGAUGGCCACUGCUGCAGUUCGCGCGGGCUUGGGUACAUCACUAUGCCAAUGCAGAACCAGGGCAGACUGUGCAUUGUGGCGAAAUAAACUGUUCGAUUUCUUCCUGACGCAAAGAGGGGCCAGGCCCAGACCCGAACUGGAUCCAGCCUUCCCUGACAUCAACACGCUGGACAAAUAUUAUCGGCCCAAAGUCUCGGCAGAUGAUCAGCUUCAAAACUUACGUGGGCUACGCAAUGGCUGGAACGUUGCUAUUAACGAACUCAAGCUCCUAGAGUUGACUAGCUCUCGCUUCAACAUCAGGGGUAGAUUCUACAUGAAUUGGGUCGGACCGGUCCUUCUUACGAAAUCUCUAGUUGCUCGUGAUCCAACGUCACCAAAGGAGCAUUUGCACCAGAUCAAGCUCACAAAGAGACGCACUCAGUCCCAGCCGCCGCCAUUGCUGAGAUCACUUGCAUUCUCUCCCUUCGGUCUUACAAAGCUUCAGCAGAAGGACGUCGAGCCGGAACAUACUGUGAAUGCAGAUAUUCCAACGUACCUACUGCAGAGGCUCUUGCCCUCAAGCGUGCUAGAUCCGCCACUAAAGCCCAAGAGGAUCCCUGGCAAGCGAAAGAGACAGGCAGAGGAAGAUGCCGAAAGCAGGAACAUAACGCCAGUCAUUGCAACCGAACGAGAAUUGUCCACAAGCUUAAGCAAGCGUGCAAACACACGUAGGGCGAGUGCUAGCCCGUUUCAACCAGAGCCUACUAUGAGCGGACGAUCCUACGUACCAGACUCCACACCUGGUCGCCACUCCAGGAGUAACCGACCCAUACGCUUUGGGACUGAGUGUAUUAGCUUGCUAUCGAAUUCCGAAGAGGACACCACUCCAUUGCAGAGACGUUCCAGUAUAAUAGACCUUGGAGACAGUCUGCCAGACUCGGAAGAUGAAGAUGAAGAUAAAGCCUUGAACCAAGCUAUCCAGCUUAGUUUACAGAAGCCCGAUGCGCCUACGGCUCUCCGCGAAUGUACUCGAACGGGGUCGAUGAGCAAAUCGAUCGUGGGGGCAUCCAAGUCCUCCUCUAGGCUCGACUCUGCCCUCAGUAGUGUUGUACGUGAAGGAACUUCACAGGUUUCUUGUACAUCGCCACCUACGGCGGCCGUAGCAGCUCCUCAAGCCAGAUAUCCGAAAGGCAGUUCAGGCUCGGGCGCAGCAGAGGUUAGGGCUGCUCGUCUUCGAUUCUUCACCUCCUCCACCAAUGUUGGAGAGAAAGUCACGCCCAAGCAAGCUGUUAUCUCUACGCAAGUCGCACUCUUAUCAACACGUUCAAAUCGAAAUACCGAGCCCCGUUUGUUGCCAGAGGAUAUCGAAACCAUUGACCUGACCUAG